AUGACCAAGCAGUGUACAUGCGGUAAAGUCUGCAAGAACAUCCAUGGCUUAAAGAUCCACCGAGCGAGGAUGAAGUGCCCGGUGGGAGCAGAUGCAUCACAACGCACAGGUGUUACACCUGGUGAGACGCAGGAGGAGCUAGGCCUGGAGUCACCCCAUAGUGCCCAGAACCUCCAAGUGUUGCAAACCAAUCCCUCGAGCAUCAAGUCCGACAGGAGGCGGAUCAAAUGGCCUGCAGCCAGCAUGACCUCACUCUGGCAACAGUUUGACGACGAUGUCAACAAGAUUCUGGAGGGAAUGGCCAAAGGAGAGGCAGACAAGAAGCUUCAGGUGAUGACGACAACCAUUUUCAGCAUUGCAGCGGAACGGUUUGGUGAGGAGAAAGAAAAGAAGGAGAAGAAAAGUUCCAGAACAUCCUACUCCAUGAAUCAAAGAGCGGUCAGGAUCCAUAACAUCAGGCAGGAGAUGAAAGCACUGAAAUCCCAGUACAAGGCAGCAGGAGAAGAGGAACGCACUGGCCUUGCCCAGCUAAUGUGCAUCCUACGGAAAAACAUCAGAGUUCUCCGCCGGGCUGAGUGGCAUCGGAGGCGGCGGCGUGAGAGGGCACGCAAACAUGCUGCUUUCAUCGCUAACCCCUUCAAGUUCACCAAGGAUUUGCUGGGGCAGAAGCGAAGUGGCAAACUGGCCUCCUCGCAGGAAGACAUAGAUCAACAUCUGAAGCAGACGUACAGCGACCCCGCAAGAGAGCAGGAGUUGGGAGAGUGUAACACCCUCAUAGAACCCCCUGAACCAGACAUGCAGUUCGACAUGUCGGAGCUGCAGCUAGCAGAAGUCAGGGAGGUUGUCCGCAAAGCAAGGGCAAGCUCUGCUCCGGGACCGAGUGGCACUUCAUACAAAGUGUAUAAGAACUGUCCCAAACUCCUGCUGCGUCUGUGCAAAAUCCUGCGAGUCUUCUGGAGAAGGGGGAGGAUCCCUGAUCAAUGGAGAGUGGCUGAAGGGGUCUGGAUCCCAAAGGAGGAAAACUCCACUCAGCUUGACCAGUUCCGCAUCAUCUCCCUGCUGUGUGUGGAGGCAAAGAUUUUCUUCAGCGCUGUUUCCAAGCGGCUGUGUACCUACCUGGCAAAGAACACCUACAUCAAUACAUCAGUCCAGAAAGGAGGCAUAUCCGGAAUGUCAGGAUGUCUGGAGCAUACCGGUGUGGUGACACAGCUUAUUCGGGAGACGGGACAACGGCAACCACCCAUCAGGGCAUUUAUGGAUGACCUCACAGUCAUGACAGAAUCAGUCCCAGGCUGCCGGUGGAUUCUGAAAGGGCUCGAGAAGCUCGUGGGGUGGGCCCGGAUGCGUUUCAAACCCAUCAAAUCCAGAUCAAUGGUGCUGAGAAAAGGGAAGGUGGAGGACAAGUUCCGGUUCACCAUCACAGGCACAGCCAUCCCAACCAUCACACAGAAACCAGUCAAGAGCCUGGGAAAGGUUUAUGACUGCUCUCUCAGAGACACUACAUCUAUUCAGUCAACCUGCACUGAGUUGGAUGGCUGGCUGAAAACCGUGGACAAGUCUGGCCUCCCUGGGAAGUUUAAAGCCUGGGUCUACCAACAUGGCAUUCUUCCCAGGAUCCUAUGGCCCCUCCUGGUCUAUGCUGUCCCUAUCUCGACAGUUGAGACCUUGGAGAGAAGGGUCAGCAACCACCUCAGGAGAUGGCUUGGCCUACCAAGGAGCCUGAGCAGCAUCGCUCUCUACGGAAAUUCAAACAAACUGCAACUCCCUUUCAAAUCCCUGGAGGAGGAAUUUAAAGUAUCGAGAGCCAGAGAAGUGGUUCAGUACAGGGACUCAAGUGACCCGAAGGUGGCUAAGGCAGGGAUCCAAGUGAGGACUGGCAGGAAAUGGAAGGCAGAGGAUGCAGUUCGAGAGGCUGAUGCAAGGCUGCGCCAAAGGAGCCUGGUGGGAGUGGUCACACGAGGCCGAGCAGGGCUAGGUUCCUUUCCAACUCCCCAAAUCAACACCAGGGGGAAGGAAGGGCGGCACCUUGUCCAGGAGGAGGUGAGAGCAGCAGUGGAAGAGACGAGAACCUGCAAGGCAGUGGGGAUGAAGCAACAGGGAGCUUGGACGAGAUGGGAGAACGCGGUCGAGAGGAAAGUGACCUGGGCAGAGCUGUGGAAAUCUGAGCCUCACCGCCUUAAAUUCCUCAUCCAGGCAGUGUAUGACGUGCUUCCGAGCCCAUCUAACCUGCACACAUGGGGCAUAGCAGAGACACCAGCAUGCCCACUGUGCUCCAAGCGAGGAACCCUGGAACACAUCCUCAGCUGCUGCACAAGGGCACUUGGAGAUGGACGGUACAGGUGGAGGCAUCACCAAGUGCUUAAGGCCAUUGCGGAAGCCAUCAGCACAGGCCUGGAGUGGGCAAAGCAGUUCCGUCCCUCCAAGAAAUCCAUCACCUUCGUCAGAGCUGGAGACAACCCAACUCCUGUCAGACGAACAACAUCUGCAGGCAUUCUCAUGUCUGCAAGAGACUGGCAGUUGUUGGUGGAUCUCGAACACCAGCUAAAGUUCCCCAGCCAUAUUGCUGUCACCACCCUGCGACCAGACAUAGUUCUUGUCUCGGAGUCCACCAAGCAAGCAGUGCUGCUGGAGCUGACAGUCCCGUGGGAAGACCGCCUGGAAGAAGCCUUUGAAAGGAAGCUCUCCAAAUACACGGGACUGGUCAGCAACUGCCAGCAGGCUGGCUGGAGAGCAAGGUGUUUCCCUGUGGAGGUUGUAUGCAGGGGUUUCGCAGCCCGAUCAUUGGCCAGAGCCUUCAGUAGCUUAGGCUUCGAGGGAGAGAGAAAGAGGAGAGCCAUCCGCAGCACCACCGAAGCGGCAUAA